AUGGAGGACACUGACUACACAGCCGAGGACAUGGUGGUGUCGGAAGUCUGUGGGGGCACGAUGAUGUGGGGAACAUUUAACACCGAGGAGAAAGUGGCGCACGACCAGCUGGAUGCUCUGGUCCGCUUGGGCGUCAACUUCAUCGACUCAGCAGAGCUGUAUCCAGUGCCCUUCGAAGGCGGAAAGCUAACGGAGCAAUGGAUUGGCACCUGGCUGGAGAAGGCUCUGGCAAAUGGCACAGUGAAGCGCGACAAGUUCUACAUUGCCAGCAAGGCGAACCCAUCCAACCUGGGCGCACCGGACUUGGAAGGGCGGAAGAAGCCUUGGGGAUUCGAUGCGGAGUCGCUUAUGGCUUCCUGCAAGGCAUCGAUCGCGAGGAUGAAAUGUCAGUACAUCGAUUUGUACUACUUGCACUGGCCGACCCGGGACACACCUAUCUUUGGUUGUGCCUCCUUCUAUGCAGAAGGCAAGGAGCGUCCAAUGCCUCACUUCGACAAAGGAUCCUUCUUCUUGGAGCCUUGCUUCUGUUUUGCUGGCUGCAGUUCCUUGGGCUUCUUCGGGGCCACGGCGGCGCGGCGGCCACUGGAGAUCUUGAUCUACGGCCAGGUGACGAUCCAGCCCGAUUACCUGAUUCUCCGCAUCGACGCGUCGGAUGUGCCUCCAGGCUGGAAACCAGGUCUGGAAAGCUACCCUCUGAAGCUUUUCUUCGCAAAGCUCAAGUUGUGGUACCGAUGCUGUGAGGUUCCAGAUGAAGUAGUGGGACCACUGAUCGCGGGACGACUUCAAGGAGGAGCUCAACGUUUAGCUUUGGAACUCAAGUUGAUUCGCCCGGACGGCGGUUACGACAUCGGAGACGCAGCUUUGGUUCGGUUGUCGGUAGACGAGGUGCUCGACCCGAACGACGGCAUCACCGUGAUCCAGCACCACAUUCCAUCAGGUGUCCAGGCGCUCUGUAAUGCCCUCAGGGACACCUAUGGCGACAACGACGAGCAGCAGACGACUCGUGCACUGGAAAAUUUCUUUGAGUUCCGUCGACCACACAGUCAAUCCCUUCAGGAAUAUGCCGCUGACUGGGAGCUCAGGCUUGAUGAGGCGAAACUUCGAGCCGGCCUGGACCUCAACAACGUCGCAAAGAGCUAUCUCUGGCUUAAGCAGAGUGGACUGUCUCAGAGGCAUCAAGAUGACUUACGGUUGCAGGUCCAAGGCGACAUGAGCAGAUUUCACGACAUCAGAGCUCUUGCUGUUCGGCUUUCCCACAGAGUUGACAAGGGCCAGUCCACAGGCGACGUCUUUUACGACGAGGAGAUUGACCAUUCCUCGGAACAAGGCGAAUGGCAUGGCUGGCCCGGCUGGGAGCACGACGAAGACUACUGGACGGACGCCUGGUGGACCGAGGAUGCUUGGUUCGCCGAGGACGGUUCUCCUGAAGGCACUUGGUACGAGGAUGAAGAGUACUAUGAGGCUGAAGAGAUCCCCUGGCAGGGUGAUCCGGCAUCCGAGCCAGGAUAUCAAGGCGAAGAUCGUCCUUCAUACUUGCCUACUGCGUCCACAGCGGACUAUGAGACGGACGGCGUCUACAGCUCAGGAGGCGGACGUGGAAAAGGAGCAGGCCCUUUUGGUUCAGGAUGCCAUGUGUGUGGAAGCAAGUGGCAUCGAGCAGCAGAUUGUCCUGUGCAAGGAAAAGGCAAAGGACCAUCAAGCUCCUUCCCAGGUUCGCACGGCAAGGGCAAGAGCAAGGGCAAGGGCAAACCCUCGAAAGGAAAAGGCAAGGGCAAAGGCAAGUACAAGGGCAAAUCCGCACGAAAGGGUCGUGGAAAAGGAUGGCCGUCACAGUGGUCAUCAAAAGGUUCGUGGAGUUCACCCGACGAGCCUCGCUCUUGGAUGCCUCGCUACUUUGCCAGUGUCGAUGAGGACUACGACGAAGAAUGGGAGCCAUAUCAACUUCGACAUGCUCGUGUUGGUUUGCACCUUGGCGACUCUCCGCCUAAGGAUCUCUCAAAGAAUGCCCCACAACCUGCUCGGCAAAGCUCCACCACGAAGUACUUUGAUAUCGGCGACUCCAAAACUGGCAAUCGCUACUUCGAGGACUUGCUGACCUUGGAGCGAGCGCAGAAGCCAACAACCAGCGUCAACGCGACCAAUGCCGAAUCCUCAGAGGGACAAGGAGCAGAGUCCUCUCAAGACACCAACGUCACGAUGCCCGCGAAGACGCUGGAGUUCUUCUUUCGAAAGAAUGGAGACAAUGAGGACGAGUCGCCCCGGCAUCGUACCUAUCAUGAAAAGCCUGAGAGCAACGAUGUCUACCACACGGUCAAUGGUCGAAGACGGCGUGGCCUGAUCAUCGACCCUGGGGCCGCCAAUGGCCUGGUUGGCACCGAGACUCUCAGGGACUUGCUGCAGCACAUUGACAAGGCGAAGCAAGUCAGUGAAACGAUUGUGUGGAGGCCUCGACAAGCCGAGGUGACUGGCAUAAGCGGCUCAGCUGACACCACUUUGGGCGAGAUCACGAUGCCGCUUCCCAUGCUGACGGGCAUCAAGGAGGCAAAUUACAAGGCGGACGUGAUUGGCGGUGAAGCAAGCGUGUGUCCAGCAUUGGUGGGAAAUCCUGCAUUGGUGAACAUGAGCGCUGUUCUGGCUGCAAACUGGUUCACAAAUCGUGAUGGACUUCUUGCAAUCCCUCACGGAGGUGAUCUUCAACUUAUUCGUCUGCUCUACACAGACUCCCGUCACUACCUCUUGCCGCUCGAUGAGGAGACGAGUGCAACGGAGCUCGAUGAUGAGAAGAACAAAGCCAAGACCUUCCUGGCUUCGAUCCAGGAGAAGUCAACCACAAGGUGGAACGACGUUCGAAAUUGGUUCACGUGGGCGACGACUGCAAAGCCGAAGCGGAGUGACUACAACCUCAACGAGGAGCCAUCUCAUCAUCUUCCUCACGGGAGUGCCUCGAGCAACAAGGAGGAGCAGACGACAUCCACAGCCACCACAGAUGCACUAGUCAAGAACGAGAAGGACUCGGGGGUCAAUGAUCAAGAGGAUAGUUUAGAUAGAGUAGAGACAUCCGCAGCCACCGAUGCACUAGUCGAGAACGAGAAGGACUUGGGGGUCAAUGAUCAAGAGGAUAGUUUAGAUAGAGUAGAGACAUCCGCAGCCACCGAUGCACUAGUCGAGAACGAGAAGGACUCUGGGGGCCACAAUGUUCAGUACAUAGGGCAACCUACAAUGGCUCAUGCAACACAGGUCCUGACAGCAGACAUGCAGAUGACCGCAGAGCAUGAGGCAAAAUUCAGUAUGCCAGUCAUGUACCAUGGUGACCAUUAUCCGUCAGAUCUCUCUGAGCACAAGAGGGCAAAGCUUGACCGACAAUAUCGGGCCAUCAAGGAAGAGUACUACACAAAAUCAGGCCAAUGUCCCGUGACUCCAGAGAAUUUCUCGGAAUGGAAGCAGACUCGCAGAGCCCAGAGGAAGUCACAGUUCUGGGAGAUAUGCAGUGGUUCCGGGAGAUUGUCAUAUGUCGCUCUCCUUGCAGGACUUGCCGUCACUUUCCCCGUGGACUACCGAUAUGGAUGGGAUCUCAGCAAUCGAGAACACCAAGAAAUGCUUCUGCAAGCUCAGACAUCGGCUGAUCCCGAUUGCGUUAUGUUCUCUCCGAGUUGUGGUCCUUGGUCACAAUCAGCUAAUCGGUUAUCUAUGGAGGAUCAAGAAGCACUUCGUCAGGAAGAGCGACAAACACUUCAGUUCAUCAAACGCAUGGCACAGUCACAGGCGGAUCGAGGAAAAGGAUUCGUUGUCGAGAAUCCUUGGGGCUCAGCUUUGUGGAAGCAUUCUGCUUUGGCCAACCUGGAGAACGAGAUCGAGGGCUGCCGACCAAAGCAACGUUGUGACCAAUGUGCAUACGGGGCGACAGAAGAGAAGGGCAAGCCCAUUCAGAAGGCCACCGGCUUCCAAGCGAACUUUUCACUCCGACAGUCAACGCACAGAUGCAGGGGUCAUAAGUCAGGUCAUGGUGUUCUUCAAGCCACAUUCCAAGGAAUGAACCGGACUACUUUGGCAGCAGUGUAUCCUCAUCAACUGUGUAGAGCGAUUGUCAAGGAUGUGAAGAAGUUCCUGUCCAAGGUUGGCGCUGGCGUUGCACAUUUCAUCGGAUACAAGUGCGAGAAAUGUGCUCUUGGCAAGGAUGCCCCUCCAGGCACCGAACAUACACUGGUACCUCGAGAAUGUCGUCAUGCGUCUGCCUUACCUACACCAGGCGAAGCUACUUCUUCAAGCAACGCCGCCCCAACGCCAUCGCCGCCUGUUCGCACUGCUGUGACCACUCCAAUUCCGCAGCUCCUUGAAGAGUACAAGCGGAAUGCCUUGAAGAAGCCCAAUCUUGACGAGAUCAAGUUGCAACUUCCAACGGGCUUCACCAUGACGGCAGUGGACACAGUCAUGCUCAAAAGUUUACUGGUGGACUUGGUCAACGACAGCGUGAACAUCAUUUCAGAGAUGAAGGGCAAGCACAACCACUGGAGUCAAGAUCCUUUGCACAUUGCUGUCCUCCGUCGGAUUUUCUUCAAGGUCAUCAACGUCAAGGGAGUGUGCGUUUCUCUUCAUGCCGAGAGUUAUCCUAUGCCCAUGCCUUUUCUGAGGACCGAGUCAGCUCCUCUUCGCAUGAUCAUUCGGGGAGACGUUAAGGCAUGGACCAUGAAGACAGUUGAGGAUCUCCGAACCUAUACGGACCAGCAGCUCAAGGCAAAGUUCUUUGUGGAUGAUUGGGUCAUCGCGGUUUUUGGCUCAUCACCUCAAGACAAGGAUCACUGGGAGAUUGACAGAACACGUGGCCGUGUCCUUCGUCAUCAUCUACAACCACGUGUCGCUUUGUUCACUCCGAGAGAGGACGAAGGCCCGAUCAACAUGGAUGAGUUGGCGUCAUCAAGAACGACAAUUGCUACACCAUAUGAUGAACCUGGGCCUCGAGUAGUCAUACGGGAUGAUUGGACCUCUCGCGACAGCUCUCGAGCAGCACUAGAGCAUGGACGAUGGACUGGCGCCACGGAGUUCAUCACCAAGCUGCCUGAGGACGAUGACGAUGAACCAGCAGACCCAGUUCUUCGUGAAGCUGAAGCACACGAGCAAGCAAUGGAUGCGCAGGAACAGUUGGAAGACGCUGAACAAGAUGAGGCUGAUCUCAUGGAGGACAAGGCGCCACUGAUUGAUCCACCUAGGAGAUCAAACUUCGACUUUCGACGAGUUCUUGUGCGCCUUCCUCGAUUGGUCAAAUCCGAUGUGGAUCAAGCCAAGCGCCUGCUCCUUGGCCUUCACGAGCGCUUCUGGCACUCGACGGCCUCAGACCUGCAAUCAUUGCUUUCUCGUGCUGGCAUGCCGUCCGAUGUGGUCAAGCUGGUUCCAGAGGUUGUCGCAUCAUGUGCCAUUUGUCGCAAGUACAGCAGACUCAAGUCAAAGCCUGCAGUGAAGACAAACCAUCCUAUGGUGUUUGGCGAAGAAGUUCAAGCAGACUACUUUCAGCUUUGGAACCAGUGGUUCAUGAUAUUGAUAGAUGUUGCCACUCGCUACAAGAUCGUAGUCAAAGUUGCUGGACGUGAUCUGCCUACUGCUCUACAGGUUCUUCUUCAUCAUUGGCUACGCUUCUUCGGACCAAUGCGGCGGCUGGUCUCAGACCAGGAAAGCUGCCUUAUGUCACAUGAGGCCGCUGCCGAACUGGAGAGGCUCAACAUCAAGCGAGAUCCAGCUGGCACUACGAGAGGGCGAGCGCAAGGGCAGCAUACGAUCACAGGCCUUGUGGAAAAACAUACCGAGCUUGUCAAGCUGCACAUGCUGAAGAUCCAUGCCGAGGCCGAGCGCACUGGCUUGGAAACCAACUAUGCCGACAUCGCAGCUGAGGCAGGCUUCGCACAAAACGCCACCAUCAACAUUGGUGGCUACACUCCACACAUGUUGGUCACUGGAAGCUUGCCAUUCCCAUUCUACGACAUUGACUCAGCAGGUCUCCAAGCUACUUCUGGUGCCAACAUGACAAGGCCUACAGUGUUCGAGACAGCCCUUCGACUUCGUCAGAUUGCACUCACAGCGGCCACUCAGUCGAUCAUGGAAGAUCGCAUUGCACGUGCUGGCCACACACGUCCACAAAGAGUGCAGACUGAGUCCCUGAAGCCAGGAGUUUCCGAGAUUGAGUUUCAUCGCGAAGAUGCAGAUGGUUUGGGUUGGCGUGGCCCAGGAUUGCUCCUAAAACUGCAAGACAAUGGUUCAGCGAUUGUUGAGUAUCAGGGUCGUCCUUACCUCAUUCCACUACGCAAUCUUCGCAUGUUUCGUGGGACCUACUACGCGGACUACCAUGGAACGGUCGACAACCGGCGCAAGGAAGAAUUGGACUCCUGGCUGGCACUUCGCAGUCUGAUGCAGAGUACGGAGGCAGGUGUUCCAUUUCGUCAAGAUACUUUCGGCCAUCUCCUCAACAACCAGGGCAAGUGGACUACAUUGCCCAAGACUAUGGAUGACAAGCAGCGACAAGGAAUCUUGGAGGAAGUGGUCAUGGCUUCUGCAUUCCUUACUGCCAAAGAAUGCCACGGCGUGAUUGUGGGGGUUGGCCUGCGCAAGAUCAUCACGCCCGCCAACACUACCGGGACUUUGAUAGCUUGGCUGAGAAACACUGUCAGGAUGUCAAUUGUGGAUAAUCCAAAAGGAACAAACAUGUCCACUGUGCCGUUUCGAAUCUCCGGACGUGAAGAAAUGUGCUACACCUAUUUCUUCAGCUAUGCGGCGAACUACGUUGAACCUCCAGCGUCAGCAUGGGCACCACGUGGAACUCCAAUGGAGGAAUCACCUGUUGUACCACAAGCUCCACAUGCUGCAGGAGGUCCGGCGGAUCAACCACCAAUGGAUGUUGAUUCUUCGUCCAUGAAGCGUGAUGGUCCAGAUAGCCGCACUGUUGUUUUGGGUCCCGAGGGCAAGAAGCAACGGACCUCUUUCUCGCUGCCACCCUCUGAGUACAUGGCAGAAACCUUCUUGGCCAUGCAUCGCGCUCAAUGCCUCAUUCAACCUGAAGAUGAGCCACUCGACCAUUUCGAGCACAACUUUAUCGAGUACAAGCCCACGAGUAAGAAGGAUGAGCUCUUCUACAUGUCUUCUCAUGGCUGGUACGCAGAUUUGUUCGAAGGCUCGAUUUUCCGGGUGGACACCACUACUGGCAACAUCAGCGAGGAUGAUGUGUACGGUAUUUGGCCAGAGGUCGAAGAGGGUGACAUGAAGGAGGUUGCCCAGUUUGUUGAACAACAAGCUUUCAGUCCUGUUCGACUUUCUGAUCUGGGCAAGGACGUUGCCGUGAUAGAUGCAAUAUGGGUCAGAAAGUGGAAGAAGGCAGCCAGCGGUCGUAUAGUGAAGUCACGACUGUGUGCCAGAGGCUGCCAUGACCCCUACAAGAACAUGAUGUCAAAUCGCUCGACUACGGCAACACGGUUGUCACAGAGGCUGAUCCUGAUGUCCGCGGUCAAUGUUCCACAGAAGACCCUGGAAAGCUGGGAUGUUGCCGGUGCCUUUCUAAAAGGGUUGACGUAUGAUGCCUUGUGGCGGGCACUUCGUGAACUUGGUCUAAACACGGUUGAGAGAAUGAUUGCCAUCAUUCCUCCGCUCAAUGUUUGGCGACACCUUCGCAAGUUGUCCAAGAAGUUUGACAUCCCUGCACCAUUGGCAUGGCAACUGUUUCUCCACAGAUACUUGCGGGAACUUGGCGGCAAGCAAUCGCGCUUUGACGAAUGCUACUGGUAUUGGCCUGCUCCAAAACCAGGUGCUUGGCCGCUGUCUUCCUUGACCACUCAUGUGGAUGACCUGGCUGUGGAAGGUUUCAAGCGAUGGCUGGAUGAAGUUUUCCUCAAGAUGACGAAGAAGUUCGGCAAGCUGACGAGGCAGUCAUUGCCAUUUUCUCAUUGUGGAUGUAAGUACUCGGCCAUCGGCGAUGGUUACCGUGUCGACCAAAGGGAGUAUGUCUCUCAGCUCAAACCUGUCGACAUCGAUCCCUCUGACUCCGAUGACCGGGCACUCACCUCUGUUGAGACCACGAUCCUGCGUUCAGCCAUCGGUGCUCUCAUGUGGACAGGCAUAACCAGGCCUGAUCUUCUGGCUGAGCUUUCGGCGCUCCAAGGCAUUAUGAACAAGGGCAAGGUCAAGCAUCUCAAGGAUGCAAACGCACUUGUUACCCGAGCAAAGCGCGACAGCGAAGCUGCCAUACACUACAGGCCACUCCAGACGACAAGGUACCGCAUCGUUGUGGUGCACGAUGCGUCGGCCGCCUCUUCCACGAAGAAUUACGCUCAAGAGGGCGUUCUUGUCUUCCUCAUGGCAGACUUCAUCAACACGAAGGAGAACCACAUCAUUGCAGAUGAUGACUUCGCAAGGAAUGUGCUCUCCGGUCGUGCACAAUUGCUGCACAUGCAAUCAUCGAAAGCGAAGAGGGUGAGUUAUUCAACCUCGCACGGUGAGACGCUGGCAGCGAUAAACGGCCUUGAGUGUGCCACGUUAGUGAGCACAAGGCUAGCUGAGCUGACAUACGGGGGUGUUCAGCCCACUAUCCGUCAGCUUUUAGCUGUGCAAGAAAGGGGUUCCGUGUUCUUCCCCGUAGACUCCCACACAGACUGUAAAGACCUGUGGGAGUUGAGCACAGGGGUACGAUGUGUACCACAGGAUAAGAGUCAGAGAUUGUAUCUCCUUGCCCAUCGUGAGGCGCGAGCCUGCGGACGCUUGCGCUGGUUCAUACUCACACCCACACAAUGUAUGACAUCAGAUGCGCUCACGAAGGUGAUGAUCUCUCCAUGUCUCAUGUCCUGGCUCACCACGGGUUGUGUGCAGUUCUGGAACGAGGGUCAUCCUCUCGAACUGAAGCGGCUUCCUCCGACAAGCGACUUCUCGGAAGACGAUCUGCUUGCUGGCGAUGAGGUUCUCUCCAAGAAGGUGUCAUGGUUCCAUGCGAUUCCCUUUUUGGCCCUCAGUAAUCGUCUGUAUGGUCUCGUGCUCAUCUCGACUUUGGUCACUCCUGCAGCUGCUCAGCCUCCGCGAGCCAUCUUUGACUACUAUGACCUGGUUCUUCUGUUUAUUGCAGUACUCCUCUGUAUUGCUUCCGGCUCCAUCGCAGUGAUGUUUGAUCGCACCUUCGUCAGACGUGCUACUAGCUCUUCGUUGACGACUUCUCCGGGCUCAGCGACUACUUCCACGACGACUGCGACCAGUUCGUCUUCUACCACCGCUGCUGUCGCUGAACCGUCUCCUGAACCUCCUACGGCGAGCACGACUGCUCCUCAGGUCAUUGUAAUCAGACGUGGUGGUCAUGCGUACCACCGACCGUCAUGUGUGUAUGCACAGGGUGGUAAGAGAUUUACCGCCUGUGGGUUCUGUAAUCCACAGAACAACUCCGGCUGA